CCAGGGGCUGUAUCUAACUAACAAUAAAUUGCAGGGACAUGUUCCAGAGGCGGUAUGCCAUUUAUCUAAUUUGGUUCAAUUAUUUCUGAAUGGUAAUGAGCUCUCUGGAUUAAUUCCAGAAUGCUUAGGAAAUCUUAGCAUGCUACAAAAGGUUUAUUUGGGUUCUAAUAAAUUUUCAUCAAAAUUUCCGUUGAGUCUUUGGAAGAUGAGUGGUCUUCUCUAUCUAAGUGUGUCACGAAAUUCUAUAGAGGGAGAAGUUCCAUCAGAUAUUGGAGAACUGAAAGCCAUUGUAGGACUAUAUCUUUGCAGUAACCACUUUUCAAGCGUGAUACCAACCAGAUUCGGGGAACUCCAAAACCUGCAGUAUCUUGACCUAUCCAACAAUUCAUUUUUUGGCCAAAUUCCAUUAUCCUUUGCCAACUUGAUAAGCUUGGAAAUCUUGAAUUUGUCUUUAAAUUCCUUGUCAGGUACUAUUCCUAAGUCUUUGGAAAAACUUUCAUACCUUAAAAACAUUAAUGUUUCAUUUAAUGAUUUAGAAGGUGAAAUACCAAGUGGUGGCGUGUUUGCAAAUUCCACUCUGCAAUCAUUUCUCGAGAACAAAGGUCUAUGUGGAAUGCACAUAUUGGAGAUUCCUGCUUGCGCUAUCAAUAAUCCUGGAAAACAAUCAAAUCUUAAGGAGGUUCUGCUAAAAAUUGUUACUCCAGUGGUUAUAUCAUCCUUUCUGAUAUUCUUGUUGGUUUCAAUUUUGAUAAUGAUACGACAGAAGAAAGGAAAGUCCAAAGAUGUUGAAAAGGUACAAGAGAUCGGGACUCAUCAAUUAGUUUCUUAUCACGAGAUUCAAAGAGCAACAAAUAAUUUUGAUGAAUCCAAUUUAAUUGGUGAGGGAAGCUCUGGCUCUGUGUACAAAGGCACAUUGUUUGGGGGAACUGCAGUGGCCAUUAAGGUUCUGGAUUUGGAAAUUGAGCAAGUAUGCAAAAGGUUUGAUACCGAAUGCAAAGUGAUGAGAAAUGCUAGACACAGAAAUCUUGUUUCAGUGAUUACUACUUGUUCUAGUGACUAUAUAAGAGCCUUUGUUCUGCAAUUUAUGCCCAACGGAAGUCUUGAGAAUUGGUUGUACAGAGAAGAUCGCCACUUAAACCUUCAUCAAAGAGUCACUGUAAUGCUUGAUGCAGCUAUGGCAGUUGAAUAUCUACAUCAUGGUCAUGUCACUCCAAUAGUUCAUUGCGACCUAAAGCCAGCCAACAUUCUUUUGGAUGAAGAUAUGGUGGUUCAUGUUGGUGAUUUUGGAAUCUCUAAAAUUUUAGCCAUAAGCAAGUCCAUGGCUUAUACCGAGACAUUGGGCACUCUUGGAUAUAUUUCACCAGAAUAUGGCUCGGAGGGAAUAGUGUCUGCUAGUGGUGAUGUUUAUAGCUACGGCAUCAUGUUGAUGGAGGUUUUGACCAAAAGAAGGCCAAGAGAUGAAGAUAUAUGCAAUGAAAAUCUUGACUUGAGGAAAUGGAUAACACAAUCAUUUUCAGGGAGUAUGAUGGACGUUGUGGAUGCCAAUCUUUUUUCUGAGGAAGAACAAAUCACUAGCAAAAGUGAAAUGUGCAUAGCCUCCAUGAUGGAAUUGGCUUUAGACUGCACAAAGGAAACGCCAGAAUCCAGAAUAACCAUGAAAGAAGUAGUGAAGAGGCUUAACAAAAUCAACAACAAAUUUCUGGAAACAUAGAAGUGAUCUGCAUCUCUUCUGAUGAUGUUCUUUUCUGAGCUGCACGUUAAUAUGAUGCUUUUUGCUUACCUGGUUUCUUUAGUCGAUUGUACUACCUGGAGACAUGUAGUACUGUUUGUACUUCAGAGUGUUGCAUUUCCCUUAUUUUGUGAUUUCAUAUUUGAGUAGUCUCUAAUAUGUUUUGAAUGCUUGAAUAAAAUU